GCAUGCGUAAGGCUAUCCGUGCCGCAAGAUGGCAGCCGCCAGUUGUGCCAUGCUGUUGAGCAGGAGCGUGGGCCGUUCAGUGGUCCGCGCGGUGUUUAAGAGGCCUUUCUGGGUCCAGAAUGUAUACAGCACUUCCAGCCUGAAGACUGGGAUAUCGCCAUUCCGUAUUUACAGCACUGAGGCCAGCCAAGAUGAACCCCCAAAGCCAGCUGCUUUCGAAACAGAAUCACGUUUUAAAGAAAAGCCGUGGGAAUACUUGAAGAGUGAAGAAUACAUAGAAAGAUAUGGCAGCAAUCCUGUUUGGUUUGGCUACAGGCGUAAUCACAAGGGCCAGAUUCCACCACAAAAGACCAGAAGAACUUGCAUUAGAGGGACACGUGUGUGUGGGAAUCCCUGCCCAAUCUGCAGAGACCAACACCUCUUCUUGGAUUAUAGGAAUGUGCAACUUCUGGAACAGUUUGUCUGCCCCCAUUCAGGCAUCAUCUACCAUCCAACACGCACAGGUAUCUGUAUGAAGAAGUAUAAGCAAUUGACCAAAGCCAUUGAGCAAGCCCGAGAGCAUGGCCUUUUAUCCUUCCUCAUCCCCUUCACCAGUUUCCAAAAUGAGGAUUACAGUAACCAGCAUCCAGCUGUCUCCAAGACUCCUCCAUCUCCAGCUCUGCAGAGCAAGUCAGCAUGGUAUGAGUGGUAUGACUGGCAGCAGCCAGCAGAGAAGGACAUUAAACGGCUCAGGAAGAUUUACAAGAACUUCCUGAAGGAGAACUGCUCUCCAUGAGCCUGACAGCAGGAAUGGACAGAAUCAAAGAGUCCCCCAUGGUGGCAGUUCUUGAAAAGGGCAGUCCAGCUGGGAUUUUGGCUUCACUCGGUUUCCUCAUCUGUUCAUGCAUCCAAUCAUUAAAGCCCUUCUCAGUGA